ACGCGCUCAGUGGGAAUUCGGCCUAAAUGCACUCCAAAAAAAAUUGAUCAAUUACAUGCCUAAAUAAAUCUAAAUUUACGUGAUUGGUCGAUAUUAUGCAAGCUUAUGUGAAUACUCCUUAAUUGCGGUAUCACAUUGUAUAUUUCUGAACGCAGUUGUGUCGUUUGUUUUUAAAUUAAAUACGCACACAUGUUAGGUUAUAACGAUUCACAUGAGCAGUGGGAUUGUUUGGAUCGGUAUUAGCAUCGAAUAAAAGGAGGAGAGAAAGAGAAAGAUUGAUAGAUUUAUUAUUGUUAAUCUAUAUUGAUCUACAUCGAUUACAGUGUACAGGCGAAAAGACAUAAUCAAUUGACGAGAGACAAUAUAUUGACGAGCUUUCGUUCAAGUGGAAUAAAAGUGAAUAUCUUACAAGAUGGAUAAAAUAGACGCUAUGGAACUUGAUGCUUCAAAAAUAAGCACAGUCUCUAAUUCCUUUGUAUUCUCUAAACCCAGUGUUAUAUUUGAUUCUUCAAAAGUUAUCAAUUUUGGCUUGGGAUCAGAUCAUGUCUUUGGUACUCCUUCAAAUAAGAAGGAUGUUUUUACUUUUGCCACACCUACAAUAGUAUCAGAAAAUGAUUCAGAUUAUGCAAACUCACAAAUGAAGAAAUUCAUCAAACGUAAGUCAAGAACUGUAUAUAAGCCUACAGUGAAUGUAUUCGCUAAUGCCUUGAAGGAUGCAGGAGCGUUUGAACAAUUGAAGAAGAAUUCCAGGUCACAGCCUACCAAAAUCGAUAUAAACAACUCAAUAACAUGUUCCAAUGUUCCCAAGACCCUGUUGACUAAAACAGCAGCUAAAGAAUAUUUCACAAAAUAUGGAAACAUUGUGAAAAUAACUAUACGUCCGCACAAACGUAUAAUCAUUGUAGUUUAUACAUCAAAGAUGGAAGCGAACAAUGCAUAUUACAACAUUGGUAACUAUAUGGGUGAAACAUUUCAUAUAGAAUGGACUGGAUCGUCAGUGAAGUCGCCGAUCAAAAAAAAGAAUCUGCAAAAGAAUAUAGUGGCAAAUCUACUUACAUCAAACGAUGAUGAAAUUAAAGCUGAAUUAGAAGCCAUGUCAAAUUUGGAAUAUAAUUUACACUCUAGCAAAAAAGUUGAACCAUCUGAUGCAGCUGCGUUAUUUUCGAUAAAAACCAAAACGUCGGUAGGAAAAACAGCAAUCAUACCAAAAUUAGAAAAAGUUGUGAAAACUGCUGAAAAAGCAGCAAAAGUUGCUGAGAAGCCUAUGAAAGUUGAGAAGCUCGACGUUGAGAGUCAAAUAGCUAAACUCUUGCCCACUAUUUCUGUAGAGGAGUUACAAAAUAUAAUACAUCAAAUUGCUCUUACAGCUGAAGACAAGUACAAAGUGCUGGAAGCUAGAGAUCGUCUCAUGCGGCUGAAGCGAGUAAAACCAGCUUCGCUAGCAACUGCUAAAGUAACCAACGGCACCUGCCCCGAUAUGUGUCCGGAAAAGGAACGUCUCAUGCGCGAGUCACAGAGGCAAGUUGCGUCGUACGAACAGCUGGACGGGAACGAGUACAGAAUAAAUCAUGCGAUGGCUGUAAAGCAAUAUUCGAGAUCCUCCGCGGACCAGGAGGAGCCGAUGCCCCACGAAUUGAGACCAGUAAAGUCCUUGAAGAUGACUAUGAGCUACUUGCUUCAUGAGAUAAUGGACUUCUGUGAGCAGGAGGGCACAAACCUGGCAGAAUGGUAUCACUUUCUGUGGGACAGAACGAGAGGAAUUAGGAAGGACAUUACGCAGCAGGAGCUGUGUUGCGUGGACAGCGUCGAAUUGGUCGAGCAGUGUGCCAGAUUUCACAUAGUAUGCUCGGAGAGACUUUGCGCAGAGGAUGCAUCCGUGUUUGACAAAAAGAUCAAUUCCGAGAAUUUGACCAAGUGUCUACAGACAUUGAAGUACAUGUAUCAAGAUUUGAGAGUGAAGGGUAUCACCUGCGAAAACGAGCCGGAAUUUAGAGCUUAUGUUGUCCUGCUAAAUUUAAACAACGGUAAUUUCCUGUAUGACUUGCAGCAGCUGCCGAAAUCCGUGCAGAAUUCACCGGAGGUUCAGUUUGCGAUCAAGGUAUACUUCUCGCUGGACUCGAACAACUACUACAAAUUCUUUAAACUCGUCCGAGAGACGACUUAUUUGAACGCUUGCAUCUUGCUGCGGUACUUCAAUCAAGUCAGACUGAAGGCUCUCUCGAUAAUGAUAAAGGCAUACUGCAGAAGCGUCUCGACGGCCUUUCCGCUGUACGAAUUGAUAGACAUUCUUGGUUUCGAGGACGAGAACGAAGCUAAGUAUUUCUGCGAACAAGUGGGACUGAACUUGUCGGAUGACGAACUGUAUGUUCUUUUGAACCGUCUGAAUUUCAGUAUGCCUGCGGCGAGCAUUCAACAGAACAGGGCUUGCAAUUUGAUAGAAUCCAAGAGGAUCAUCUUGAACUACGGUAUCGGACAGUGUAUUGCCGGUAGAAAAAUGCCGGAGAAGACUUACAAGAAUCACAAGCCGCACAAUAGUUUCGAUGCACAUGGCAAUUUGAUGCCUGAAUCCAUCAAUGCUGCAGAUCAAAGCGGCGAUGUCUCGUCUGUGGAACAAUACGAUCCCUACGAAUUCACAGGGAAGGACGCGUCGAAGAAGAUACCAAAGUUGACGUCGAUCCGGGAAAAUCAGAGAAUCGUGAAGGAUCUCGCGUCAGUUAAAAAGCAGUCAUCAAGCAGUGAAUCAAAUAUAUUUAAGCCCGUAUCAUUUUCCGGAUCGAAUGUCUCGAUUGUCUCUAAAACGCUGAUCUCCGACUCGGGUACGUUUGUUGAGCAAAAGGUGCAAAGUGCACUUGAGAAUAAAGUUCUAUCUUCGUCAAGCGCACAGGUGAGAGCGGCUGCCGACAAGCAGUCUGGCGAUGAGAAUGUGAACAAACAACAGCCUGCGGUUUUUGGCAACAUUAAUUUUGCCAAUCCAUUUGCGAGCAAUCCUACUGUAUUUUCUAAACAGCCGGAAACAUCGCAUAAUGCAGAAUCCACCGCACCACCGUUUGCGAUGACUGUAACCAAGAGCAUCUUCUCUGGGACAAAAUCGGCAAAUAUAUUUGUGAAGAAUGCGACGCCUGUCUCCUCAACGUUAUUCGGUAACACUUGCUUCUCCGCACCGGCCUCCGCGCAAAUACAACCGGCAAGUGCAGAUAUUGCGAAUAAAAUGACGAGGGAACAGAAAGACGCGAUAUCGGAGGCUGAGAAAGCGAGACUGAACAAGUUGGAGCACGCGAGGAGAAUGCAACAGCUCGACGAGCAGUCGGAGGAGAUUUACAACAGCUUGCACGCGGAGGUAACGCGUGAGCUCUGCUCCGCCGUUGCGAGGGAGGACAUCGACAGGAUCAAAAUGUACGAUACAUUGAGCAAGAGAAUCCUCGGCGACAUGGUCGACGAAGUCACUCGGGAGAUGUGCGAUGCAGUGUUGGCCACAGAAAUUGAAAAUCAACGAAAGUUACAAGCUAUGUUACUGAAGAUUAAAAACCGAGUGAUUCUCAAGUGCUUCAACAUUUGGAAGCAGUAUGUGUCGAAGAGGAAACAUCAGAGGAAAGCGCUGGAGGACACGCCGGUUUGGCUGCAGAGACAAUCCGUGGAGGAGUGCGCGCGAAUGCUCUACUCCAAGCAGCAGAAGAUAGUGGUGCAAAAUAUGCGUAUGAAACCGAGCGAACCAGAAGACGCGACGAGCAAUUCAACAAGUCCGGAAAAAUCGAUUGAAGUUAUCGUGUACGCCGGUAUCAGGGAGAAUCUACGAUUGUUGGAUAUCAAUCCCUCGCCCAAUAUCUUCUGGAAACUCGUUAUCUCCUGGCCGGACUUGAGUAACAGAACGAUGUUGUGGCAUCAUAAGAAGACGAUGAACCAGUACUUGUAUCCAGACAAUUUCACGAUGGAUCCCAUCGUGAAGGUCUACCGACCGAACUCGUACGAAAUUUUACACGUUUGCAUAAGGCACUUUGAGGGUUUGAUCAGCGACCGUAACUUGGUCGGCACCGAUGCGCUUCUGUUCAUCGCCGACGCCGCGGAGGAUCAUAAGUCUGUCGCUAAGCGCUUAAUGAGGGCCGUAUUGUCAAGGCACAAGCUGAUGCCUAUCCCGCUCGCUUUCAUCAUCUUGAAUGACGGAAACUUGGAGAAUCAGAAUGAGAGCGUCGUCUCAGUUUUGGAGUCUCUUCUGGAAUCUGGUUACGUAUCGGAGUACACAGUUAUGCACGAGAAGAAUUUGUCCGCCAAAGUGAUUUUAAAUUUGACCAAGAGCGCAGUUUUAUGGUUGACGAUGAACAGAUCACCGCCGAAUCCGCUGGAAAUGGAUCAUCUGCAUAAUGUAUACGACAUUUGUCUGUCGGAAGAGUUAUGGCUGAGGAUAUUAGGCGAUGCCAUGUUCAACAAACAGUUGUCAAGUGCGUUAAUAAAUCCCAAUUUUGUAAUUGAUUUGCACAACGAGGCUGUAAAUCAUUUGAUGGACAUAAUCUCCGAUCCAGAAUCUAUGUUGUACACAAGUUUCGCGCCCGAGUUAAAACGGUUUCUCAAAAGUAAUCGUACCAUGCCGUGCAGUUACGAGUACUUGGACGAGUCGUGGAAGCGAGAUGAAUACAGAGCAAAGUUGGAGACCGCAAUGAACAGUUUCACGUUACCGUCGUGGAACGCGCCAUGGCCAAUAGAAGAUAUACAAGAUCUGCGACGGCAUAUCAUGCAUUAUUGCAGAAAAGUGCUACCAGACUCGAACUGCAACAUCGUAUUCUGCGAUAUCUUAAGCAACUUAUUCAUGACCUCAGGCAGUUUGCAAGUAUCCAGCUUUGUACAGAUACUACUACAUAUUAUUAAGGAGAAAGUACGUCUCCUAGACGAUCAGACGGUCAUUUAUAACAGAAAUCACGUCAAGCAUUUCCGCACGUUACCGUGGUGGUUUAAAUCUGACGUAUUGACGGAAUUCAUAUCGCAUGAAUUAAAUGCGGACAACAGCGUGUGUAUAUUAAAUGAACCGGCGAGGAAGAGAAAGAAACUCGACGAUAGAUCCGUAACCGAUUUGGAUGACGAUGCAUUGGAUGAAGAAUUUGAUUCGUUAGCGAAAUUUUGCGAGGAUACCAGGACUCAAGUCAUGGAGGUGCAUUCGGCAUCUCAGGAGAUAGAAAACCGUUUGCAAACGCAACAAUUGGAGAACACAUUAUUGGAGGAGAAGUUGAAGAACGCCUUAUUCGAAGAAGUAAACUUGAUAGAGAAAGGCGCGUGAGUUUCUAUUCUCUAUUCAACUGUAUAAUACAAGUUGAUGGUAUUUUUUUUACUGCAUUGUAGACAACAUGUAUAUAUCACGUGGCGAUUAAUUGUGGAGCAUUAUUUUUCAAUUAUAUACCUCAUGUUAAUUUUUACAUGUAUAAUACGCGUACAUAAUUUGAGAAGAUACUAUUAAACUACGCUAUAUUUUUAUUUAAUCAUACAAAUAUUUCUAAUCAUAUAUUAUGAGAGGAUAAGUGUGUUAUUUUUAGUUUAUUUUUUAUAACGUAAUCGUUUUAUACAAUAUGUAAUCUGUAGAGUUGUAUGAUUCGGUAAAUAUAUAUUUUUAACAAAACAUCGCUUUUCCGUGAUCUUAAAAGUAUUGUCAUUUGAUAUUGUACAUUCACAUACUCAGUGUUAAAUUUUUCGUAGUGAAAACAGAAGAGAGAAAGUAAAA